AUGAGAAUUCACAUCGAAAAUGUCCGAGCUCUGGACCUGCGGCGUGCCACGGCGGAGGGCUGGGAGGGACGCGUGAACUCUCUAUUGGCCUCGGGAGUCGAUCCAAAUGCACAUUUCGAAGCACCGGACUCCGUCCUCUCCGGGCUGGUAGAUGAAGAUGUUCGUGCACAAGCGACAGGUCCGCCACAGUUCACUGUUGAUUUUACAGAAAUGCCCGCGUUGAGGCUAGCCGACCGAUGGCGAUAUGGAGUCGAUCCCCGAGAGACGAUUGACUUGGCCAAAACAGCACGCCUGAUGACAGCUUUACUGCGGCAUGGUGCCGACCCAUGGGGGUUAUUUCGCCAACCUAUUUUCCGCUAUCAGCUCUAUCCUGCGGUCCCAGGGGCCAGUGAAGAGCCGGGGUAUGACGAUGAUGAACUGGAUCUGACGGCCAUCAGUCUCGCUCGCCAAGGCAUCAUCAACGAGACCCUCAGGCAAGAGUACGAUCGACUCGGCCUGGCCGGGGAAAGAAGAAGAUCUGACUCUCCCGGCUACGUUUCCCGGGAUUUGGGAGUCCAUGUCAAUUACGAGCCUGUCCUUAACCACGAGUACGGAAGCUGCAGUGUUCUGCACUCUUUGAUCGAAGCUGGUUCAUUUAUCCAGCCCAUCCUAGAAUUUCUCGGAGACGACCUAGAUAUCGAACGGCGAGACCCGCAAGGCCGCACGCUUUUUCUUUCGGCGUGCCGUAGCACUCUCGGGCUAGAUGGCGCAGUCGACGGUUGUUUCAUGAGUCUGCAGGCCCCCGACGCCUUGCCGAACCCUUACUCGCGGCCGGGAAACCCAUGGCAAGAAACGGGGCGGUUUGCUGCUGUAUGCACCGGCCCAAGUCUGCUUGAAUUUUUCGUCUCCCGCGGCGCGGAUUUGCUUGCGGUGGACAAGUUUGGCCAGAACGCGCUGCACCAUCUGUUCGCCUUUAUCGACCGCGACAACUAUGACAUACCUCCUCUUAUUAAUACUUCGCUGAAGUACUUACUCCGGACAUGCCCUAGCCUCAUCAAUCAGCCGGACUCGUUUGGAGUAUACCCCAUUCUGUAUGCGAUCCGACGAAUGCGCGACUUCUGCGACCCAGACAGCGGGUCACCGGGCCACGCGGUCCGGAAUCAGGACUAUGUGCCUCGAUCUCUUUUCCACCUUGAGAAGACCGUGUACGAUCUUGUGGCCACCGGCGCAGAUCUAUCGGUCCGUGACAGUCGCGGGAAUACCGGUUUGCAUUACCUUGCUGCGAGCAAGCUCGGUGCGGGGGAUCGUGCGGGUCAUGAACAGAGGGGUUUGCUGCCGUUAUUCUUGCAGCGAGCGGACCCGAGAGCUCGAAAUGCCGACGGCGUGACGGCGUUAGAGAUGCUUUUCUCCACCAAGAAUGGGCGUUGGUGCGAGGAGGAAGAGCAGGACUAUGAGCGGUUCUAUGCCCUUGGUCGUAAUAUACUCGAUGCAUUUGAGAGAGCGGGCUACCCUUGA